AACCUUUUUCCUCUUCCUUGCAUUUGGAUGAUUCUAGGAUGAGUACACUGAGAUUUUGCGGUGGAUGCAACAAUGUUCUAUACCCUACAGAGGACAAGGAAAACAAGGUUCUUCUCCACACUUGCCGCUACUGCAAUCAUGAGGAGCGUGCAGAUACUAACGUUGUCUAUAGAAAUAAGUUACAUCACUCUGUUCAAAGGCGCACUCGAGAGCUGGAAAAUGUAGCUGCAGAUCCAACACUUCCUCGCACCAAGUCUAUUCGCUGCUCUCAAUGCAACCAUGGAGAAGCUGUCUUUUUCAAGGCAACGGCCAAAGGGGAAGAAGGCUCGGCACUCAAUUUUGUUUGCUGCAACCCAACUUGUGGCAACCGUUGGAGAGAGUAGAACUCUUCAUAUCUUGCGCAAGUCAAGGUUUACGUUGGUUAGCUAAAUUCGUGCUGACGGAAGGAAUGAUGCAAAAAAUUCACAACUUCAAAAUUCUAGGGUUAAAUUAGCAGUAUUUAUAUACGCGAGAUUUAAUUUAUACGAGAGGUUUAAAUAACUUGGUAAAAAGCUUCAGAGCUAUGUAAAAAUUUCUACAUAGCUAUUUAAACUAUUUUUUCAAUUAGCAGAUCCUAUAUAUAAACAUUUAAAACAUGUGGCAAGUGAAUUCAUAUGUUGUAGCAGCAACUUAGGUUAACUUGUUACAAGCUGUUGAUAAUAUUAUUACAUAAUGAGGCAGGACAAGCAACCUGAAAUUUUAUUACAUGAACAUGCGCUUAUUAUAGUAUACUAUAUUUAUAGAGUGAAAUAAGAUUUUAUAUAUUUGAAACUAGUCAUAUUAAAAUUAAUAUCUCUAUUUUUUUUUCCAGUACUUUUGCAUUGAACAUUUACCAAGUAUGUUUUAGAGAUAUUAAUUUGAACAUGAACUAAUUUUGAAAAUAUAAAAAGGUUAUUUAUAUGAUAGGAGAUUUUGAUAAUAAAAAGUGGUGUUUUCAUUUGAAGUUUCCAAGGGUGCAGGCACCAUUACCAUCACCCUUGACUUUUAGGUUGGUGUUGUUGGUAAUCCCAAUUAGCUUUUGAUUGUCUCCAUUGAGAAGGGCAGCUGGAGAAGGUUGAAGAGGAGCAAAUGGAGCACUGUUCAUGUUGGGAUUCCUUUGAGGAUAACUGCUGUAACCUCCAUCCAUCAUAUCUGCAAACCCUCUUACAAAACCUGCCAUCAGACCACCUACCUGCUCAAGUCAAAGAAAAAUUAACAACUAAUACAAGAAACUCUCUUUUGGCUUUUCCUUCAAUUG